ACAAAGUGCAAAAUAAAAAAAAAAAGUUCAUGAUGUUGACACAUUGCCAUCAAUUGUGCAAGCCAGUUUCCAUCAUGAUUCUAGUUAACUUGGCUCUGGCUUUUGUCAAUUUACUUCUGAAGAAGGUUCUUAAUGAAGGAAUGGACUACAUGUCCAUUAUAACAUAUCGACAGGCAAUUUCAUUUAUCUUCAUGGCACCUAUUGCCUGCAUCUAUGAAAGGAAACACAAACUGGAGGUUCACAUAAUAUGUCUCCUUUUCCUCAGUGCUAUUCUUGGAAUAACAAUUCCUCAAUACUUAUUUCUUCUUGGACUUGAAUAUACGUCUGCCACAUUCUCAUGUGCGUUCCUCAACAUGGUGCCUGUAUUUACGUUCAUUAUGGCAGUGCCAUUUGGGGUAGAGAAGGUGAACAUGCAAAGCAAGAGUGGUAAAGCCAAAGUCAUGGGAACUUUGGUGUGCAUUGGUGGAGCUUUGUUAUUGGUCCUUUAUAAAGGAAUGCCCCUUAUCAACCCACAAUCUCAACACAUAGCAAACAAAAUUACAAGCACGCUUCCAGCUGCCAAGUUAGAGAAAUGGAUUGUAGGCUCCAUACUUCUGACUCUAGGUUGCCUCCUGUGGUCUUCAUGGUUCAUUAUACAAGCAAAGAUUAGCAAAAAAUACCCAUGUCAAUACUCUAGUACAGCUAUUUUGUCACUUUUUGCUGCCAUUCAAUCAGCGACAUUAACUUUGGUCUUCAAGAGAAAUAAUGCUUCGUGGAUUCUCAAAGGAAAGCUUGAAAUAAUGAGUGUUGCAUAUGCUGGAUUGAUAGGAUCGGGCUUAUGCUAUGUGGCAAUGUCAUGGUGUGUUAAACAAAGGGGUCCAGUUUUUACAGCAGCUUUUACCCCCCUUAUGCAGAUAUUUGUGGCCACGCUUGAUUUCUCUGUACUAAAGGAGGAAAUUUACCUGGGAAGUUUGGCAGGAUCUGCCUUGGUUAUUGCUGGCGUGUAUAUUCUUCUAUGGGGAAAAAGCAAAGAGGAAGGGCAACAUGUUCUGAAGGAUACACAAACAAAUCAAGAUGUAGAAUGUCAAUAGCAGAGCCACCAAUGGCAAUGAAUAACUUUGAUCCAAAUGUGUCCUCUAAUCUUCCCGGGAUACAAGUUCUCUAAAUAACAAAAAAGAAGUAAUAUGCUGUUAUAGGAACCAAAAGCAGUUAAGUUUGAGCUACACAAAACAGAAGAUCAAAAAGUUUAGCUUGAGGAUAACUAUUUUGUCAAUUAUUCAUGUCAAAAGUAAACGUCAACCACUGCAUGCUUAAUCUUGAAGUUUUGUUCAAAUAUGUAUACUAUAUGGAUUUGUACACGCGAAGCACAAGAGUUCCAAUUUCA